AUGGCAGAAAAUUCGUUUCUGCAAUCUUCCACGCGAAGAAACUCUUUAACGUCGCUAUCAACGACGACUUCGUACAAUACGGUGUCGACGGCAGCCCGGAGCAUGUCAACGGAGCAUUUGACUAAUUUAGAUGAUAAAUUUGUGAAAAAGUCAAUCAAGAAACUGCCCACGUCGAUGCUUAAUCCCGGCGAUAAGUUCCAUAAGACCAAUACCGGGACGUACUACUUUCCUAAUGGUGAAGUAUUUCGCCCUCGUAUGACGCCGGCUAAGAGACAUAGACCAGGUAAGGUACCUGGGUCAUCACGAAAUAAUUCUAUGACUAAGGACCUUACAGCCGGCUAUACGUUGCAUUACACCCCAUCUCCUGGAACCCCCGAGAUCCCUAGAUCAUCAUCGAUGGUAUCAAUGCAAUCCGCCAACUCAUCAAGCGCGGUUCCAAAUUCGUAUGUUUCGAAGUCGUCAUCAUUUUCUAAUUUGAGAAGGAGUAAUAAACAAAACUUAGCUCAAUCGCUACGAUCUAAUAAGGUUGAUACCCCAACUAAUAUAAAUAUUCAAAACCUUGCUCCUGUUCACACGCAGGUACCUACGCCUCCUAAUGCGUCGUCACCUAACCUAUUAAGUCCCCCAGUACAGAAUACGAAAAGCUUUCAAGCAACGAACGUUUUAAAAGAUAGCGAAGGAAUUCCAGGAGUGUUUAAAAGCCCGGAUAACAUUUAUACCGGGCACCCUAAUCAUCCACCAGCAACAAAUAAUAACCAGAACAGACCUGUUCCCACAUCCUCUGAUUCAAACCUAUCGUCUUUAUCGAACUAUAAUUUAAAUAGGUCAUCAUCUAAUACUCCUCAGACAUCAAUCAAUACUUCAAUAGAUAUUGAGGAAGCACCUGAGGGAUACGUUAAAUACAUCAAAAACAAUGAAAAUAAGAAUAUGGCUGAUGACGAACUACAAAAGUCAAGUUCAUUAGAAAGUAUCAAAGAGACUGAGCUUCAUAGCAUUGAAGAAAUCCCCAGAAUCGACGUACAGAAUGACGAAAUGCCGGUGAAUAACCAGUUUGAAUCGGGUUGUCAAAACAAGUCAUUUGAACGGAUUCGCGAAUCUACGGAGGAAUCCACUUCAUCUAAUAAAUUGAAUCAAGAACCUAACCAAACAAUGCAUGUACCAUCUAAUGAAACAUGCGACCAUCCUGUUGAUCAAUCUUCGGAAGAAAGUUUGAAUGACCAUUUUGAAGAGUCUACAUUAGGAUCUAUUCAAAGACCUCAACAAACACCUAAACCAAUGGGUGAUAAGAUUUUGACUCAAGGUUCGACGAGAGAAGAAUCUCAGGAACCUAAUGAGGAUGCGAUGGGGGAGCUGUUUCAGCCAGCACAAGUGAGUGAAAAUAAUUCACAGAUGCAAAAUCUUGAACAGGGAUGUGAAGAGUCAGAGAUAAUCGCGGAGUAUUCAGCUGAAUCUGAGUCUGACUCAGAGUCAGAGGUCUUAAAGAAGAUACCCAAACCUAGUUUAGGUAUGAUUGAAGCUAAUGAUUCUUCUGAAUUUUCGCAAGAGGAUUUGAAUCACACCCAUACACAAAUGGAUUCAGAUACUGAGGAUUUGAGUACAUUACAUGACGUUUCGGAAGAUAAAAUAAGAAAUAAUUCUCCGGCUAAGAAUACUUUAUUUUUUGAAUAUUCAAAUAAUGACGAUUUCCAAACUCCAGAAGGUUCUCCCGUCCUGAAAGUUUCGGAAUGGGUAAAUGGAGCUGAAAAAGAUAAAAAGAUUACUUCUGAAGGGGAAUUGAAUAGUAUAAAUCUCGAUAAUGUUAGCGAAGCACCGAAAAACAUAGCUGAAAACGAUAAUCAGUCCACUAUUAUUCAAGAAAUCAAACACCCUAGAUCGCAUCCUGUUUCUUGUUCAGGUUCUCCGACACCAGAAUCUCCAAAACCAAAAAAUUUCUUUGACUUUCAUAAGGACGAUGCUUUUGACAGGUUUUUGAACGACAAGCAAGUCGAGGUUCCACCAAGAGGUGACGUCGCAGUUGUAGGCGAUAAAAUUAGAAAGCAUGAAAGGUCAGUUUCAUCAAUAAGUUCAUUUAAUUCUAUAUUGCAUAGUGACUUUGAAUCACCAAAUAAAUCAAAGGCAUUGUUUUCCAAGUCACCUAGACAAAACCCCCCAAGAAUUCCACAUAGUCAUUCAUCUUCUCCUGAGAAAGGCUUGGAUAUUUAUCAUAAGAACCAAGUAGGGGUUGGAGAGAAAGCUUUACCUAUCACACCUACUGAAGGACAGCUCCCAGUUCAAAAAGAUUUACCAGCUUCACCGGAGGAUAAAAACGCAUUGCCAAAUAGCUCUUUACCAGAUAUCAAUUCCGCAGAAGAGAUGGGUCCUGAAGAUCACUAUUCACCUACUCAGAUAUCUGAGAUUGGCUCAUUACAUACGUCGAAAUUAGAUUCAAUGCCUUUGGAUUCAAAUAUGGACAAGAAUGAAUCAAUCGAUGCAAACAAAAUUCCCUUGAAGAAAGGCUCGAUGCUUGAUGUCGUAACUCCUGAAUCAAAAAUCCCGAAAAAGAAGCCCCCGUCAGAUUUAAAGGAGCAUCCGUCUGAUAAAGCUCCACUGGAUUCUAUUAAUACCAAUAAAGUUCCCAAGGUAAAAUCAUUUAGAAGCUUAAAUGGAGAUUCAAAAUUGAAAAAGUCUUCAUCCACAGCAAACUUCAAAGCAUUUUUCAAGAAACUUUUUCCGUUGCCAUCAGCAUCGUCAUCUAAUUCAUUUGAAAGUAAGAGUAUGUAUAAUCCAAAGGGGUCACAAACAGAUGUUCUGCACGAAACAUCAUCAUUAAAUAAGCCCAAGAAGUUGACUAAAGGUAAGAGAUCAUUCUCGUUUGCCAAUUUAAAACUGGCAGGGUUUAAUAAUAAAUCUCAUACACCUACAAAUGAACCAAAGCCAACUAUACCACCUCAAAAAGAAAAAGAAAAAGAAAAAGAAGAAAAAGCUGUAUCAAACCUGAAUGUUUUAGAUAAUGAAAUUAUACCGCAAACUGAGAGUUUGACGAUCACUAAGCUACCAACAAUUGAAAGAGAUGAUAGUCUAUUUGAAGAUAUGUUUACAAAUUUUGAUGAAAGAUUUAAUAGGGCUAAUUCAACUAAAAGUAAAGCUGCAACAAAUUCAAUUAACGAAUUAUUUAUUAAAGAUGACGAAUUGACUAGAGAUCAAAUUAAAGAUCAGCAGUUAAAAGAUAAUAACCAAAUAUCGGAUGAUAUUGAUGAAGGUAAUGAUGCGAAGUCAACGUCGUCUGAAGCAUUCUCUAUGGCCAAUUCUGACGAAAUCUAUAUUGAUGACAAUAUAAGAUACUUGCAAGACGAAUUAAUAUGGCCAGUAGAUAAUGAUGAAUUCACUUCAAUUGAAGAUUAUAGUGUUUUAAGUAGGUCUGGAACUGUGAAGACAAGAUUGAACCUAGAGAGUAAUGAAGAACAAGGAGAAAGUACAGUUGAAACUAUAGUGGUUGAUAAUGAGCAAUUAACGGGUUUAUUUGAUAAUUUAUCAGAGCUACAAAGAAGAAGACUUCCAAUACACUUAAAGCAUAUUGGCCAAUUCAAGGAUUCAAAGAUUUUAGAAAUUAGCAUUAGAAAAUUCGAAAGUAUUCCUGAUUUAUCGAAUUUAAGAAUAGAAAAUAAGCAACUUAAUUCAAUCUUAAAAAAGCUGCUUAGAUCUUCUGAAAAUAAGAAGGUUCAAUUUUCGAAUAAAAUUUCGAUUAAUGAGACAUUUUCGCCUGAUAUGUAUAAACGUUACAAUAAGUCUGUUACUCAGUAUACUUUAACUGAGUCGAUGGAAAUCAACAAGAUUAAAAAUGAGUUAAACACUUAUAAAUGUAAUGAAAUGUUGGUUCAUGAACAUUCUCAAGAUAACACUCAUUUUUUCUAUUAA